AAAUUACUUAUAGGAGUAAUGCUUGGAAAUUAUGUAUUUUUUAUAUUAGUUCUUCCUCUUUUUGCUCUAUUUUCAUUAAUUUUUAAAAAUAGUUGGAGAGAAAUUUUAGAAAAAGCAUUAGAUCCUAUUGCAAUUUCGGCUUAUGCUUUUACUAUUAAAAUGGCUUUAACAGCAGCUCUUUUAAAUAGUGUUUUUGGGUUUUUAAUUACAUGGAUGAUCACUCGUUAUGAAUUUAGGGGUAAAAGAUUUGUUGAUGCUGCGGUUGAUUUACCUUUUGCUUUACCAACAUCAGUUGCAGGCCUUACUUUAGCUACAGUUUAUGGACACCAAGGUUGGGUUGGUAAUUAUCUAAAAAUGGCAAACAUUCAAAUUAUUUAUACAAGAUUUGGUGUACUUUUAGCUAUGAUUUUUGUAUCUUUCCCUUUUGUAAUAAGAUCAUUACAACCGGUAUUACAAGAAUUUGAUCAUGGUUUAGAAGAAGCUGCAUGGGGUAUGGGUGCAAGUUCAUUUCAAACUUUUUUGCGGGUUAUUUUUCCUACAUUGGUGCCAGCAUUAGUUACCGGAUUUACAUUAAGUUUUUCGCGAGCAUUGGGUGAAUUUGGUUCUGUUGUUAUGAUUUCAUCUAAUCUUCCAUUAGAUGAUUUAGUAACCUCAGUUUUAAUUUAUCAAUCAUUAGAGCAAUAUGAUUAUUUUGGAGCGUCUGUUAUAGGUGCUGUAAUUUUACUUCUUGCUUUAAUUAUUAUUUUUUUA